CACGUGGGGGAGGUCACGUGCCGCGGCGGCGGGCGGGCAGCGGCGGUGGCCAUGAGCGCGCUCCUGCUGCGCGGCCUGCGCGCCGCCCUCUCGGGCCUCCCCGGUAUCCCCGCUGCCCUCCCGGCCGUCCCCGCCGUCCGCCGCUUCCGCACUGCGGCCCCGCGACGUGCCUUCGCCAAGGAGCUUUUCCUCGGGAAUCUGCGCAAGGAGGAAGUUUUUCCUUACCCAGAAAUUAGCAAUGAAGAACUCCAGGAGAUUAACCAGUUUGUAGGACCUGUAGAAAAAUUCUUCAGUGAAGAAGUGGACUCUAAGAAGAUCGAUCAAGAUGCAAAAAUCCCACCUGAAACUUUACAAGGACUGAAGGACUUGGGUCUCUUUGGGAUGCAGAUUCCGGAGGAAUAUGGUGGUCUUGGUCUAUCAAACACCAUGUAUGCUCGUCUGGGAGAAAUCACGUCUUUAGAUGGCUCUAUUGCGGUGACUCUGGCAGCUCACCAAGCCAUUGGGCUGAAGGGGAUUCUCAUUGCUGGCACUGAUGAACAGAAAGCAAAGUACCUGCCUAGACUGGCAUCUGGGGAGCACAUCGCAGCCUUUUGUCUUACGGAGCCUGGAAGUGGAAGUGACGCUGCCUCUAUCCAGACGAGAGCAACUCUCAGUCAAGAUGGGAAACACUUCUUAUUAAAUGGCUCCAAGGUCUGGAUAUCGAAUGGUGGCCUCGCUAGUAUUUUCACAGUGUUUGCUAGGACAGAGGUUGUUGAUAAAGAUGGACAAGUAAAAGACAAAAUUACUGCUUUCAUCGUAGAGCGGGAUUUUGGUGGAGUCACCCAUGGGAAACCUGAGGAUAAGUUAGGCAUUCGAGGAUCAAACACCUGUGAAGUGCAUUUUGAUAACACCAAAGUGCCUAUAGAGAAUGUAAUUGGAGAAGUAGGAGGAGGAUUUAAGGUUGCCAUGAAUAUCCUGAACAGUGGAAGAUUUAGCAUGGGCAGUGCCUCUGCUGGGGUGAUCAAAAAACUGAUAGAAAUGACAGCAGAGUACGCUUGCACCAGGAAACAGUUCAAUAAGAAGCUGAGCGACUUUGGAUUAAUUCAGGAGAAGUUCUGUAUGAUGGCUGUGAAAGCCUAUGUAAUGGAGAGUAUGGCUUACCUCACUGCAGGAAUGAUGGACAGGCCGGGGCUUCCCGACUGCUCCGUGGAGGCAGCCAUGGUCAAGGUGUUCAGCUCUGAAGGCGCCUGGACCUGCGUAAGUGAAGCGCUGCAAAUUCUUGGAGGUCUCGGCUAUAUGAAGGAUUACCCCUAUGAGCGCUAUCUCAGAGAUUGCAGGAUACUUCUCAUUUUUGAGGGAACAAAUGAAAUACUGCGAAUGUAUAUUGCUUUGACGGGUAUGCAGCACGCAGGCAAAAUCUUAACUGCAAAAAUCAAGGAGAUCAAGAAAGGAAACGUGGGAGUGGCACUGGGGGAGUUCCUAAACAAAUUACGGGACAUAACAGGCAGAAGAGUGGAUUAUGGGCUCGUUGGUGACCGUGGCGUGGUGCAUCCCAGCCUCCAGGAAAGUGCCAAGAAGCUUGAAGAAAACACUUACUAUUUCGGAACUACAGUGAGAGGCCUGCUAAGCAGGUUUGGCAAGACAAUAGUGGAUGAGCAGUUGAUUCUGAAACGAGUGGCAGAUGUUGUUAUUAAUUUAUAUGCAAUGACAGCAACUAUUUCCAGAGCCAGCCGCUCCAUCAGUAUCGGUCUGAGGAACCACGACCAUGAAGUGCUCCUUACCAAUAUCUUCUGCACAGAAGCGUAUUUCAAGAAUAAUUAUGCCAUGGCUCAACUAGAAAAAUAUGCAGAUGAAAAUCUGGAUGACAGUAUUAAAAAAGCUGCCAAGCAGAUCCUGGAGAAGAGAGCCUAUACCUGCUCCCACCCCCUGGACCGGACGUUCUAGUUACAUCCUGCCAGCAAACACUAACGAAUGUAAAUCAGGGACUCGUUUUCUGCAGUUCAAAUAUUUGACAGGUUAACCAUAACUGUUUCAUGAGGUUACCCAAUGUAAUUAGCUUAACUGUGUAAAAAAACUUCUGCUAAACACAAUUUCAUAUAAAGAGGACAAAUAAAUUUUAUUUAAAUCUCA